UCCAAAUUCAAAAACGUGGCAGGUUCUGGUGUCUAUUAUAUGAACAUGUAGCAAACAGAAACAACUACGAGGGAUACUAUCUGUGGCCCGGAACUCAGCCUGAGGAAACGACAUCGCCGGACGAGCCUUAUCUUGAAGUCACUUGACGUCCUCCUUACUUGCUGAAUUCUUCAUUUUGGGCCAAGACCCAGGAGAAGGAAAAUGCAGUGCACUCCUGAGUCAGCUGUCUACCUUGAGAGCUGCAAAGACCAGCGCUGUUAUGAUGACUGUUCUGACAGUGGAUACUCAGGUUUGUUCCAAAGCCCUCGGAGCAUUGUUGGAGUUGACCCUUGUGGAUCUUUGUCUCCAGCAGAAUUAAAUGAAACACCUAAGGAGAACCUAAGGCUUUAUCUCACACCUAAGGAGAGGAUAAAAGAACCGGUCAGAUAUUUGGGCAAAGACUCCAGGUUACUGCAACCAUCAGCAGUUAGCUGGUGUGAAACUCCAAAAGUAUACAAAAGGGAUUCAUCAUUGCGACACAGACUUCUAAUGUGCAAGCCAACCACAGAUGUCAAAAAUGACAAUCAAAGAUCACCGUGCACCAGAAAGACUGAAUCCUCAGUCAGUGUCAGGUCUCAGAGCUCUCACAGUGCAUCUGACUCUCUAGACAUGAUGACGGAGACUUUGGCAUCAAGUACUUUAAAAGUGGACCAGGAUCUGGCACUGUCUGGCAGGAAACGUCGUCUGUUCUUCACACAAGUGAGAACCUCCACUUUGGAAGAUGGUAAAACCAACUCCGGUCAGUUUUUUAGCUUUGAGAGAGAAGCUUCACUCACAGACACAGAUUCCAGCCACAACAGUUCUGCCUCUGAUCAACUUGAUAUGAAGACCCCAGGAGUUUGCAAAUUUCCGCCUGUCUUAUCGAAGGAAGACUCUCAAUCACCAGUCAGCAGUGAGAAUAAUGACCUGUACGACGUCUCAAGCGUCUUGUGCACACCGUCAUCAAUGCAUACACCUGAAUACAUCAGGUCUGUGUAUGAGGAUAGUGGUUUCAGUUCCUUGACGCUUGAUAAAUCCCAAGCGUCGGUGGAUCAUGAUGGCUCUUUCCAGGAGCUGCUCCUCUCUGCCUCUAGAGGAAACUGUGAAACCCCAAAUCUAGCUGAAUCAAAGAGACGCUCCCGUUUGCAGCGGCAACACAGGCUUUCUACACUUAAAGAAGGUGGCUCUCAGUCUGAGGAAGACCCAACAAACAGAGAGCAUCUGCAUCCGUGUCCCAACCAUUCUAAAGAUGAUGACGUUUUUGCUGACAAGGCCACCCCUUGCAGCCUUUCUGUUAAACAUGGUAAUAGUAUUCUUUCUGGUAGUUUGGCCACAGCAAGACAAGAUUAUACUACCCCACUAAGAGCUACUACAACCAAGUCAGAAAAUAUGACACCUCAUAGUGCAGAUCCAUCUAAUCCAGAUAUCACUCCAAACAGAACAACCCCAGUCGAUCUCUCUCUGACUCCUGCUUUGCAGCUGGUUCAUGCUAUGUGCCAGCACAAAACCCAAAUGUUUGCUGGCCAGAGUCCAAGCCUGAAGGCGCAGCUGAAGUCCACAGCAGCACUGGUUGAGACUCCUGUGACAUUUAGGACCACUAUGCCGCUGGCAGGGCUGAUUGGCAGGAAGAUGGGCCUGUUGAAGGUGGACAUUUUCACUGAGCUGAAGAAGAGGAACCUCAGACACAUCCUGGCUGUCAUACUUGGCAGCCUGAGCUCUGAGAGUGUCUACAGGUGUGGUCAGGUGUGCAAAAGCUGGAAUCAAAUUAUCCACCAGGACAAGAGAGCUAACCUAAGGAGGAGAAACCACCUGAGUGAAGUGGAGGCUGCUCUUGAGCAUGCCGGUGCUGUCCAUGUCUCUGAUGCAGAGACCAGAGUCGCUCUGCUUCAGAGGUCAGCUUUGAAGAUGGUCCAGGCCCAGUCCAGGACCUCCAGCUACUGCACUCCGCAGUCCGGAAGUCGCACUUUAACCCCAUUACUGCACAACGCCUUACAUUCAGGCAGCAGCAGCAGCAGCAAACGGGAUAAAUUUCUAGAAGUUGCCAAAACCCUCUUCAACGAUGAGUGCCUCAAGCCUUGCCCUAGAUGUCAACAUCCUGCAAGGUGUCAUUCGGUGAAGAAGGAGGGUGUGUGCAGCAGAGCCGACUGUGGCUUUCAGUUUUGCACAUCAUGCUUGUGCGCUUUUCACAGCUCUCAAGAGUGUGGCAGUCAGUCUGCAGGUCGCCGCAAGAAGGACACUCUUCUUCCAGGAAGUGCUCAAAGCAAGCGAAAUGUUAGAAGACUAUGAGGAGAAAGUGUUUCUUGUUCCUGUUUGCUAUGUCAUAGCCCCUUUAGCAUUUAGUUUUCCUCAAUAUGGUGAAGAUGAGGUUCAGCCGCAAUUGAACUGAUUAGUGGCUCUCUUGUGAGCCACAUCUGUACUCUUUAAUGUGUUUGUGCCUGUCUUUUUACUUUGUUUUUUCCUCCUUUUUUUUUUUUAAACAGAGUUCUUGCAUGUAUGUUUUUAAUUCUGCAUGUGAAGGAGUUCUCACCAGCAUAUGCAAUUCAUUUCUUUUUGCUAUCGAUGUAUUUUUCUAUACACUGACUGUACAGGAUAUUUUUUGGAAUUACUGAGUUUUUAAACUUUUACCAGUGUCUUUUCAGAUUAGCUUUAAAAUAAAUGUAGUGAUUUUUUUUUUAAA